UCAUCAUCUCUCUACUCUACCAUCGAAUCAUCUCGGCCGUCGUCUCUCUACCCCACCAUCGAAUCAUCUCCGCCGUUCAUAUCUUCUUCAUCUUCAAUGUACCCUUCUGUUGACAUGAAUGACCUCGUCGAGAACCUCUUCCCCAAUUCCUCUUCCAAUCCUUUGCCAUCGGCUCCCCCCAUCGACUCCUUUGAAGAAACCCUUAUCACGAUCCCUGGCGCCAUUGUCCACCUCAUCGACAAGCACUGCAGUGUAGAGCUUGCGUCCGGCGAUCUCACCAUCCUCCGCAUCCGCCAGGGUGUCAACACCAUCACCGUCCUGGUUUGCGUCGGCAAUGUCAUCCAAUGGCCUCUCGCCAAAGAUGCGGCCGCAGUCAAGCUCGAUGACUCCCACUACUUCUUUGCCUUGCGUGUGCCUUCAUCGGACGGUUCAGAUUCUGGUGAUGAGGAUUUCAAUGAUGGGUCCGAGAUUCUUCUCAAUUAUGGGCUGACAAUCGCGUCGAAAGGACAAGAAGGAUUGUUAAAAGAGUUUGAUGCCAUUUUGGAGAAGUACAGUAGUUUUUCGGUCCAACAGGUUUUGGAGAAAUCAGAGGCGCUAGAUGGGUCAGUGGCAAAGGGGGUGUCACCUGCUGAGAUGGAAGCGGGGUCGAAGAAGGAGAUGAUGGAAGAGCAGUCCGUGGCGUACUGGACGACACUGGCUCCGAAUGUAGAGGAGUACGGUUCGGGCAUGGCACGGGGGAUUGCGGCAGGGUCUGGGCAGCUGAUAAAGGGGAUCGUCUGGUGCGGUGAUGUGACGGUGGAGAGAUUGAAGUGGGGAGAUGAUAUAUUGAAGAGGAGGAUGGGGAAGAGUUCCAAGUCAGUGGAGGUCAGCAACGAAACACUGGAGAGGAUAAAGAGGGUUAAGAGGGUCACAAUGAUGUCAGAGAAGGUGGCUAUUGGAGUCUUAUCUGGAGUUGUGAAGGUCACUGGAUUUUUCACCAGUUCUAUUGCAAAUUCAAAAGUCGGCAAGAAGUUUCUUGAUCUCCUGCCAGGGGAAGUUGUCCUUGCUUCCCUGGAUGGAUUUGGCAAGGUCUGUGAUGCUGUUGAAAUAGCCGGAAAGAAUGUUAUAUCAACAUCAUCUGUUGUGACAACUGGACUUGUAUCUCAAAGGUAUGGCAACCAGGCUGCAGAGUUAACUAAUGAAGGCCUGAAUGCCACCGGGCAUGCUCUAGGAACUGCAUGGGCUGUCUUCAAGAUAAGUAAAGCGAUCAAUCCAAAGAGUGCGAUCAAACCCACACACCUGGCGAAGUCGGCCAUCAAAGCAGCUGCGGCUGACAUCAGGUCUAAACAAAGCAGGUAGUACAACGAGUGCUGGUCAUUUCUAUAUUACAGAUUUAUGGCGAUUGUAUGUUUUUUUUUUUUCCCUCUGGCAACAGUGUUCUUUUGCUGCAAAUAUGUUGGCAUUGGUUUUUUUUUUUUUUUUCCCCUGUAAAACACUUCUUUGGCGGGUUGUAGAUUGUAUAUAGUGGUCAUUGUUAUAUAUAAAGAACUUCCAUGCAUGUAUUAUUUAGUUUACAUUAUAAAUAGGAUGUACACUGGAUUUUUGCCAUCAAA